AAAAAUAUCCUUUUUUUUUCGACCACCUCUGCGUUUGGGUCCAGAUCCUGCUCAACCUGGACACCAGUAAUGGACGCAAUGGUGAUGCAAACCUUAUCAGUGUAAUGGAGCUGGAGAUAAUGGGAGAGAGACAUAGGUUAACUGAAUAAGAUAGAGAUGAUGAGUCUCAGUGGUGAGGUAGAUCUCUGAGGAUAUCAGAGAUUCCUUGAGAAGUCCAGUUGCCAAGUGGGGACACCUGACUGAAGGAAGUGAACAUGAAAAAAACGAUCAAACUUACACCGAUACCAGGUGUAGAUAAAGGAGACGAGAAGCAAAACAGAUAUGAGAAGAAAAAAGAGAAAACACUGAGUGUUGGAUACUUUAAGCUGUUUCAGUUUGCCACUUGGAAGGACAUCGUGAUGAUGGUAGUGGGGGGUUUCUGUGCCCUCAUACAUGGCACAGCCCAACCCCUCAUGCUUUUAGUGUAUGGCAUGAUGACAGACACGUUUUUGGCUUAUGAACUUGAGGUUCAAGCACUCAAAGACCCAAACAAGGAGUGCAUCAACAACACCAUUUAUUGGAUUAAUGGCUCUGUUUAUGAAAUGGCUGAAAACAGCACUGUCUACUGUGGAAUGGACAUGGAAGCACAGAUGACCAUGUUUGCAUAUUACUAUGUUGGAAUUGGGAUAAUAGUUCUGUUUGUUUGUUAUUUUCAAAUUGCUUUGUGGGUGACAGCAGCUGCUAGACAGACUCAGAGAAUCCGAAAGGAAUAUUUCCGAAAGGUUAUGCGAAUGGAGAUUGGAUGGUUUGACUGCAACUCUGUCGGCGAAUUGAACACAAGGAUUUCUGAUGACAUAAACAAGAUCAACAAUGCCAUCGCUGAACAGGUGUCUAUAUUCAUUCAGAGGAUUUCCACAUUUGUGUUUGGCUUAUUUGUUGGAUUCAUUGGUGGGUGGAAGCUGACUUUGGUGGUCAUAGCUGUGACCCCAUUGAUUGGUCUAGCUGCUGGACUGAUGAUAAUGGCGUUGAGUAUGCUGACAGGACAAGAGCUGAAGGCCUAUGCAAAGGCUGGAGCAGUGGCUGAUGAGGUCCUGUCAUCCAUCAGAACUGUAGCAGCAUUUGGUGGGGAAGAAAAAGAAGCUGAAAGGUAUGACAGAAACCUUGUGGAAGCUCAGAACCUGGGCAUGAGAAAGGGAACGAUCACUGGAUUUUUUCAGGGAUGCCUUUGGUGCAUCAUUUUCCUCUGUUACUCUCUAGCCCUUUGGUAUGGAUCUCAAUUGGUCAUCGACUUCAAAGAGUUGUCUCCUGGCAGCCUUAUUCAGGUAUUUUUUGCAGUGCUCGUUGGAGCUAUAAACCUGGGUCAGGCCUCUCCUUGUCUGCAUGUCUUUGCUUCUGGCCGCGCAGCUGCAAAGACCAUCUUUGAGACAAUUGAUCGGGAACCAAAAAUUGAUUGUUUCUCAGAAGAGGGUCACAAAUUAGACAAGGUAAAAGGUGACAUCGAGUUCCAUAAUGUCAGUUUCUUCUACCCAUCCCGGCCUGAAGUCAAGAUAUUAAAUGACCUGAGCAUGCAGAUCAAAGCAGGAGAAACCACUGCUUUUGUUGGACCGAGUGGAUCUGGAAAGAGCACCACAAUCCAGCUCAUCCAGAGGUUUUAUGACCCAGAUGGAGGAAAGGUGACUUUGGAUGGCCAUGACAUCCGAACUUUAAACACUAAGUGGCUCCGCUCUCUGAUUGGUAUUGUAGAGCAGGAGCCUGUGCUGUUUGCCACAACCAUAGCUGAAAAUAUCCGCUUUGGUCAACCUGGAGUUACCAGGGAUGAAAUUAUCCAGGCAACAAAAGAGGCAAAUGCCUAUAAUUUUAUAAUGGAACUGCCACAGAAAUUUAAUACAAUGGUGGGUGAAGGUGGAGGCCAGAUGAGUGGAGGACAGAAACAGAGGAUUGCUAUCGCUCGAGCUCUGAUCCGAAAGCCCAAGAUCCUACUGCUGGAUAUGGCCACGUCUGCCUUAGACAAUGAGAGUGAAGCUAUUGUCCAGGAAGCACUAGAUAAGGUGCACAUGGGCAGAACAACAAUUUCAAUCACCCACCGUCUUUCCACAAUUAGAAAUGCGGAUAUCAUCAUUGGUUUUGAGCAUGGGCAGACUGUGGAGAAGGGAACGCACAGUGAGCUACUAGAAAGAAAAGGUGUCUUCUUCACCCUGGUCACCCUGCAGAACCGACGCACAACUAAUGCAGAUGAAGUCAGCCCAGCUCAUAAAGAUGACUUUGAUCUGAAAAAGAGGGGGAGCUGCAGAUCUAGCAAAAGGAAUUCUGUUCGGUUGCGAUCUGCCAGCACAUUAUCAAAUGAUUUUGUCCCUGAUGUAUUAUCAGGAAGCCCCAGGAUAUUUCUGGACAUGGAGAUUACACCAGAAUAUAAAUGCAAGGAUGAUAUAGAUGAACAUGUGGAGUCUGCCCCAGUAGCACGUAUCCUUAAGUACAACAAACCAGAGUGGCCCUACUUGCUGCUGGGCUCGCUGGCUGCUUUUGCCAAUGGUGCAGUCAUCCCCUUCUAUGCUGUGUUGUUCAGUGAAAUUAUUGGUGCUUUUGCCAUUCAAGACAUAAACAAACAGAGGGAACUGAUCAACGGGAUAUGUCUAACAUUUUGCUUCUUGGCCAUUGCUACUUUCUUUUCACAUUUUAUACAGAGUUUUGCUUUCGCUAAGUCUGGAGAGCUGCUGACCCGCCGUCUGAGGACACUGGGCUUCCAGACCAUAUUGAGACAAGAGAUUGGCUGGUUUGAUGACCCCAGAAACAGCCCAGGAGUUUUGACCACCAGGCUAGCUACUGAUGCAUCCAUGAUCCAGGGGGCAACAGGUUCUCAGAUUGGCAUGGUCAUUGACUCACUGACCAACAUCGGAGCAUCUGUCAUCAUUGCUUUUUACGUCAGUUGGAAGUUAACUUUGGUAAUUCUGUGCUUCCUGCCAUUGGUUGGGCUAUCUGGGGCAUCCCAAGCAAAACUUCUGACAGGUUUUGCAAAUGAGGAUGAUGAGGCCAUGGAAGAAGUAGGGCAGGUAUCCAGUGAAGCUCUUUCCAACAUCAGGACCAUUGCAGGCUUGGCCAAAGAGAGCUCAUUUGUUGAAUCAUAUGAGCAGAAACUUGAGCUUCCCCUUAAAUCUUCCAAAAAAAAAGCCAACAUCUAUGGCCUGUGUUUUGGCUUUGCUCAGUGUGUCAUCUUCAUGGCAUAUGCUGCUUCAUUUAGAUAUGGAGGCUAUCUGGUUGCCUUUGAGGGUUUACAGUUCAAUAUGGUUUUCAGAGUGAUUUCAGCUGUGGUAACCAGUGGGACGGCAUUGGGCAAAGCUUUCACCCUCACUCCAGAUUUUGCCAAAGCCAAAAUUGCUGCUGCUAAGUUUUUUAAACUGUUGGACAGAGCUCCAAAAAUCCGACUCGAAGGAGAAAAAUGGGAGAACUUCAGAGGUGAUAUAGAUUUUGUCAAUUGCAAGUUCACCUAUCCAACACGUCCAGACGUCCAGGUGUUGAAUGGCCUGGUUGUGUCUGUGAAGUCUGGUCAGACUUUGGCGUUUGUUGGGUGCAGCGGUUGUGGUAAAAGCACCAGUAUUCAACUGUUGGAACGGUUUUAUGACCCAGAUGAGGGCCAAGUAGUGAUUGAUGGUCGCCUGUCUCAUACAGUCAAUGUGCCCUUCCUAAGAGCUCAGAUUGGCAUAGUGUCCCAGGAGCCAGUGCUGUUUGACUGCAGUAUAGCUGAGAAUAUACAGUACGGAGAUAACAGACGCAUCGUCAGAAUGGAGGAGAUUGUGGAGGCUGCUAAGAAAGCCUUCCUUCAUGACUUUGUGAUGACAUUACCAGAUGAAUAUGAGACUAAGGUUGGUGCUCAGGGCUCCCAACUGUCAAGAGGACAAAAACAACGCAUUGCCAUUGCCCGGGCCAUCGUCAGGAACCCCAAGAUCCUGCUCUUAGAUGAAGCUACCUCUGCCCUGGACACAGAGAGUGAACAGAUCGUUCAGUCUGCUCUGGACGAGGCGAGGAAAGGACGAACCUGCAUUGUCAUCGCUCACAGGCUGUCUACUAUCAGGACGGCUGACAAGAUCGCCAUGAUGUCUCAUGGAGUUGUCAUAGAGCUAGGCACACAUGAUGAACUAAUGGCCCAGAGGGGCGCUUAUCAUAAACUGGUCACAACAGGCGCUCCUAUCAGCUAGUCGCCUGCACCCACAUAUGAUGAAAAAUGAUUUUUGUAUAGGCCUUAAGGUAUAUGUACUCUGUUGAGUGUCAAUCCUUGUUUCACCCUCGGCACCAAGACAAGUACCCACAUAAGCGUUUCUUCAAGCUUUUCUUGGCAAUAGUCCACGCCCUUGGGUACAGUUAUAUCAUUUAGUGCCAGAUGCUAGAUAACCACAGACAGCGGGAAAAGAUGUGGAAAUAGCUUCUGCUGGGGAGUUCAACUAAUCUGCUUAAUGCAGUUACAUUACACAACUUGUUUUACCUCAUUACGUGUUGCCUGAUUGGUAUAUGAAUUUGCAUGAAGAAGCUAAGUGACAAAUGAGAUUGUGUUAUUCAAACAAAGCAAGAUACACAAUCAGAUAUACAGCAAAUGCAUGGGUGAAGAGAGAAAUCUGGAAAUUUGCAGGAAAUUAUAGAAAAGUAGAGCUGUAGUCGUGGUGCAGAUUUAUACAGGAGCACAAUCUAAAUGUUGAGAAACCUUCAGUGAUCUCUGCAGUUUCAUGUUUUUUAUGAGCAAAUCUGGAUUUUGUGUUUUUGAUUGUCCAUCUCAAAAUAUCCUUUGGUCAGACACCCUGAACCUGUAUAUUUGGGGGAAAACUUUCUCCAAGUGAAAAAAUAAUGCAAUAAUAAUUUUCCAAAUUAGUAGUAGUAGAUAAGCAGUUUAGUUUAGUGCUGAUGUGACUGAACUGUAACUAAAAGCCUGACAGGUGGUAUAUGUGUAUCCACUUGUCUGCUGACAGGACUUAACACCUUUGGUAUCUUUUAAUGCUGGUUAAAAAGUGAUGAGAAAUGUAAUAAAAAAAAAAACUAGA